AUGUUCCCACUCAAAGAAGGCUUGGUCUCCCUCCCUGCCUUUGGUGUGUACGAGGUCGAAAACCGAGGUACUCGCGCCUACCUGGUACCACCGCCCCUGUCGAGACGAGUUUCGUCACAGCCCAUCAUCGUCCGAUAUCACAAAACCCCCGACGACGACAAGAUGAAGGUCUCACUCGCGAUCCUGACGACGCUGUGCGCGUCACUCGCCACCGCAGGCGUGGUUAUCACUCCCGUCCGUCAAAAUCAGGUCGUGCCCGCAGCACAAAAGGUCUCGGGCGACUGCUUCUUUGGUGUUGUGACGCCUCAAGGUUGCGCGUAA